AUGGCGGCGAAUAAGCCAGGCGCGCUCACCUGCGAGCAGGUGGAGCGAGCGUGGCUCGACGCUGGCCGACGAGGUGAUACCAAGAGCAUGCAAAGUCUCCGCAAGACGCAUCCCAAGUGGCUCGCGCUGGAUCGCGUACGUAGCCAUUCUCCCGUUCCGACGCGCGAUGAAGCGACGUCCUUCUGCGACUGGGACAAGUUCCACCUUCCGACGGUGGGAGCGUCGGCGCUCCACGCUGCUGCGUGGGACGGUAACUACGAUGUCCUCGAGUUCCUGCUCAAAGAAGGCCAGCAAGUGGACGAGCGCGGCCGUCGCGGCGUCACGGCGUUGAUGGCGACGCUCAUGAGGCACAGCGUGCAAGCGUUGCGUGCAGUUUUCCAGGGAACGGCGGUCGUCCAGCUCAACACGGUCAUGGAUUGCCGAAAGGAGGACGCCGCGCGACUCGACCACACGUUGAGCGUAGUGAAGCUACUACUGCGUCAUGGAGCGAAGACGGAAGCGCGUGAUCAGGAAGGCAAGACGGCGUUGCUUCUCGCCACGAAUGACGAGCUGUUUGAGGUCGCAAAUCUAUUACUGGAGAAUGGAGCACGCAUGGACGCUCAGGACUCGGCUGGUAGGUCCCCGCUUCACGCGUGUUUGCGAGCGUCUGCCGAGCAAAGCGUACUGGUGACGAACCUGCUGGUUUCUCGCGGUGCGCCGAUUGAUCUCCCAGAUAAGACCGGCGAGACUCCCCUAACGAUCGUAGUUAAACGUGGAGACAUCACAGCGCUUCAGUUGCUGCUAAACCACCACUCGCUGGUCGCAACGCUCGCAAGACAGGAUUUUUCUGGUGCCGUGCUGCUGCAAGCCGCAGAGCUCGGCGUAAUCGACGUCGUCCGGUUCUUACUAGACGGUAAGUACGCGAGUAUCGAUGUCGUGAAUGCGCGUGGCGAGACGGCGCUGCACCUGGCGAUUGUAAAGCAGCGGAAGAAGCUGGUGGAAAUGCUGUGCAAGUCCAAGUCUGCUGAACUCCUGCUCAACGCCCGAACGAAGGGCAAAAACGAAUCAGUUCUGCAUUACGCCGCACGCUACGGCUCCGCUGCGGACGUGCAGCUGGUGCUGUCGCUGUUGGGAAAGAAGGCUGUGCAAGAGGUGAAUGAGGCAAACACGGUUGGAUUGACGCCGUUGUACCUCGCCACGGCGGCGCCUACUGCCGGUUCGCCGGAUGAGCGCCGUGCGAAGGUCACGCAGCUGGAGAAGCUCGGCGCAGCGCUGUUUCCCGUGGACAUGCGUCUGUUCCGAGAGGUCAAGAAUGCUGGUGUUGCGUUAGUGGCCGUGCACCCGGCCGUGCGACGUUCUCUGGCCCUGUGGAUGGUCGAGUGUAGUACAUCAUCGCUGUCGGACUUCUGUAUCAACUGGCUGGAGUGCGUGCAGCGCCCCCAAAGCGAUGCCAAGAAGCAAAAUGCGAACAAAUCGGGAGCUAAGCCUAAUGUGAAGGAAGCACAGGCUCAGCGUGUCCCUCUAAGUCCCACAGUGGCAGCGUUCGUGUGCGCGGGUUACGCUGUGGACGCCGUGCCGCUGCUGUUGGCACUGCCGUUCAAGCGCGAGUCGAUGACGCGGUUCCUCGACCUGCUCAAGACUCUGGCUGUCGACACGAAGCACACAUUGCUGCAAAAGCUGCAGCUGGAGCUAGUGGCAGCCUGGAAGGUCGAGACGAACACGUUGACGCCCAAGAAAUAAGCAAGAUGAGCUGUACAAGGAUGAAAGUGACGAACCCGGCAACAAACGAUGCGAACGAAGCAGCCGCCGACGUGAAAUCGCAAUAUGAAAAGUGAGAGCCGCCCGUCAAGUUUGGAGCGGCCCAAGGAUGGAGCAGGUAGUCAGAAGUACCAUUCAGCCACGUACAAGUAGACAAAUAUUACGAUAUAAUGACCACCUCA